UCAGAAGAACCGCGACGAUCAGGUCGUUCGACCAAGGGUCAGCACAAGAACCUCGACCUUAUCCCUGAGACACCCGCGAAAAAGCCCAAGUCGAAAGCGCAGCCGAAGGAAAAGCCACCGAAGCCCUCCGUCGAGCCGACCCCUGCCCCGAGCGAAGAGGAAGAGAUCAUUCGAUGUAUCUGUGGUGAAUAUGAGGAGGAGGAGGACGUUGAACGUGAUAUGAUUUGCUGCGAUCGGUGUUCAGCCUGGCAACAUAAUGACUGCAUGGGUCUUACAUUUGCGAAAGGCGAGGUACCUGAUGAGUACUUUUGUGAGAUAUGCAAGCCUGAAAACCAUAAGGUUCUCCUAGAUAAGAUUGCGCGUGGUGAAAAGCCUUGGGAGGAGGCAGCGGAAAAGAGACGCAAGGAAGCUGAGGAGAAGAAAGCAUCGCGCCGCAGAAAAGGUAAAAAGGGUGGCAGGCGAGGCAGGCCUAGCGAACCCAAACCUGAGCCCAAACCCGAGAUGAAUACUCCAGCACGUACAGCAACCUCUUCGACCCCUGCUCCUGCUCCUGCUCCUACCUCUGCUACUACCCCUACCCCUGCUCCUACUGCUGCUGCUCCAUCGCCUCCGGCUCCCCCAGUGCCGUCAUCGGUCACACUGGUUGCUGAGGGAAAUGGUGCCGUCCCCGAUACCCCAUCGACCAGUGCACAAAAGCGUAAGUUUGAUGAGCAUCAGGAAGCGUCAACACCCGAACCGACGCCGAAAUCGAAACAACAGAAGGUCUCUCCUCCAAAAGACACUGUGACCCCUACUACAGAACCAACCCAAGUAAAGGAUGAAGCUAAGGAGCAGCCUCGGCGCCAAAACUCUACCGCAGAAACGGCAGUGGUUGAAGGUGUAAAGACUGUGGAAGAAAUUUCAAAUCCUGCUCGGAGAAGUGCAGCCAGUGCUCUGGUCAAGUUAUUUGUAGAUCAGAUUUCUGAGGCCCGGAAGCGAGGUUCCUACAGCUUGCAGGAUGGGAAGUCAGCGGGGGAGGUCGCACGGCAACUCGCUCUCUCAAUCGAGAAUGCAAUGUAUCAGAAUUUCUGCGGAGGAUCUGGAGAGACCACAGAGCCGUAUAAAGCACAAUUGCGGACGAUCUUGUUCAACGUAAAGAAGAACUCUUCUCUACGGGAUCGUCUGCUCGUAGGUAGUUUACUCCCAGAUACACUCUCUAAGAUGAGCUCUCAAGACAUGGCAAGUGAAGAACUGCAACAGAAGGAUGCCGAGAUCAAGCGCGAAGCCGAAAGGCAGCAUAUUAUUGUCCAAGACCAAGGACCACGGAUCAGGCGCACCCAUAAAGGCGAGGAACUGGUUGAGGAUGAUAAUCAGAAUGUUUCCAGCGAGCCCGUUUUCUCCGCUGCUCCACGUCGAAGCUUAGCCGAUGCCGAUGGCAGCCAGAGCCCUGGUCCUCAACAGUCUGCUGAAGGCGAUGCCGCUCGGAAACCCGGUCGCCAACAGACACCGGAGAGCAAACCAACCGAUGGGAUUUCUCACGACCGGCAUUUCCCGCCCAGAGCUCACUCUCCUGGCGGUACAGACCACGAGCAAGUGUUUCCGGAGGUAGCCACCCAUAUCCGACAGCCAUUACCCACUGGAAGGGCUCAGGCCGAUGCAGAGAUCGAUCAACUUCUGAGGGACGAUGAACCGGAAUCGCCUCCUUACUCGCCGAAGGAUUAUCAUGAUGAAGGAGCAGUUUGGCGUGGCAAGGUUGUCAUGAACCCUAUUGCCGAGUUUUCCUCGUCGGCCAGACACGUUGGCGGUGCUGACCUCUGUGGACGAAUCCCCUGGGCUCAGCUCGCGCCCUCAACAUUGCUAGUGGAUGGAAGGAUUGACAUCCAACUGGCUAGCGAGUAUCUUUGCAACCUGCGUUUUAGCACUUCGACAGAUGUGUCGGUUAUCUGUAUACGCAAACCUGAGUUACCGAAAGAGCAGGCAGGCUUCGAUAGGCUCUUCAACUAUUUUGCCGAUCGCAAGAGAUACGGUGUGGUUGGGAAACAUCCACUGUCCGCUGUCAAGGAUACUUAUCUCAUUCCUGUCGAGGCUGGAUCGACUGAGAAACCAGAGUUUAUCGAACUCUUGGAAAAUAAUUCUUUGGAGGAUCCAAUUCCAGAGCGGGUUCUACUUGUCGUUUUCGCCGUAAAGACUGGUGAAUCGAAUCCUCCUUCAGUACAGCCUUCAUCGCACCUUCCAAGCCAGGAGCCAAUGGCUUCUGCAAGUCCGGCGACACCUCAACAUUCACAAUUCACGACCCCUGGUCCAAGGCCUGUGUCUCAAAUCACACCAGCGCCGUCAAAUUUCGAUGGCACGCCGUUGGCACAUUCUCCGUAUGGUCAACAGCCCCAGUUCCAGCACCAGCAUCCUCAACAUGCCGCCCAGUUUGCGCCGUACCAAACCCCAACGCCCCAGAAUCAGGCCCCAGUCAUUGGUCUUGCAGCCGCCGUCCAAGUAUUGGGUUCUCAGGCUAGUUCUCCAGCCAUUCAGCAGCUCUUACAACAAGCACCAAACGCGGAUGUCUCCCAGCUGAGCGUCGUCCGCGAUAUCAUGUUACGACGGCCGGAAACAGCCUUGAAUUACGAAAUAUUAAUGCAGGAGUUGGUCCAGGCUACGACGAAUGGCCAUGGUCUACAGCAAAAUGCGAAGUAGAUGGCUAUAAUACGACUGUAUAGUAAUCACCUGUUCUUUUCCUUAGGUUCAUUUUGGACAUGGUGUCUGUGUUGUACUGCUGUUCCUUUUACUGGGAAGGAAAAAAUCGG